CUUGUUUCUUUUUUCUGUUACGUAACUUUUUCAAAUGUAGGUAGCUCGCUGAAUUAUGAGAGCUUUAGUAGUAGACGAUCAGGUUUUACUUUAACCAAUUGAACGUUUAAUUAGAUGUGAGUGAAACGCGAGUCAAUUGAAAUAAAAUAGCAAAAUCAUGAAAUUCGCGUGCUUGGCGUUGUGCGCGUGCGUCGUAAUCGUAGCACUCGCCACCCCAGCGAGUGCGCAGCAAAGACCUGUAUCGAAUAGACCGGGCAGAUUCCUGUCGCUACCAGUACCAGAAAAAUGCGCUAACAGACCAAAACAGUUCUCCUACAGGGGUCACAACUACUUCUUCACCGGCCACGUACCCGCCCUGGCUAACAGGAAAGUUGACUGGUUAGAUGGAAGAAAUCUAUGCAGAGAGUACUGUAUGGACUUGGUGUCUUUGGAGACCCAAGAGGAAAACAAUAUGAUCUUUAAACUCAUUCAGCAAAAUGAUGUACCAUAUAUCUGGACUUCCGGCCGACUUUGCGAUUUCAAAGGCUGUGAAAACCGUCCCGACUUGGAACCGAAGAACAUCCUCGGAUGGUUCUGGUCUGCCAAUAGGGAAAAGAUCUCGCCCACGAACCAGGUGCCAGCCAAUUUCGGGUACAACCCCUGGUCUUCUACCGGACAUAAAAAACAAAGACAACCAGACAAUGCUGAGUUUGAUAUCAACGGUACAAGUGAGUCUUGCCUGGCCAUCCUUAACAACGUGUACAACGAUGGUAUCGCAUGGCAUGACGUAGCUUGCUACCACGAGAAGCCUGUCGUCUGCGAAGACUCCGAUGAACUUCUCAAUUACGUUCGGUCUACAAACCCAAAUUUGCGCCUGUAAUUUGUUCUAAACAACUAUUUAACAACAUUAGGACUUGCUAAAUAGAAGGAAUUGUUUUCAUUUUGUAAAUUAAAAAAAAAAUUAAAAAUGUUUAAAAGCAAGUCAACUACCAUAAAAUAGACUAGCAUCAGAUAAAGAAACUUUGUAAAUGCAAAUCUUAAUUAAGAUAUAAUAAAUAGAUUAUAUAUAGCAUAAGUCACAUUUUUGUACAAACUUACAACCAUUACAGUCCAAUAAAUGUCUUUAAUCAUAA